AUGGUGAAGGAGUCCAAAACCAACGCAACACCAUAUCCAACGGAGUAUGAGAUGGACACAUUGAGUGAGUUCGACUUCAAUACUUCGAGAGAUAACGAUGCAACCAAUGAUGAUCUGUCAUCUCGCUAUGAUGCCGACCUGUUGAGACAUCAAACAACCGUGAGCCGUCCCCAACAAGCUUGGCGAAAUCAAAAUCUCCCACCAACUCCCGCUGAACUAGAGAGACAUAAUUCGAUCAAACUGGCAGCUUCAAGUUAUAACACUCAUGUACCCCUCCCACCACCGCCCUCAGACGCAAACCCAUUUGGGCCCCGGCCCAUUCUGGGCCCAAUGAACCCUUACCGCGAUUAUUAUCGCAAAGGACUGAGGGGAAAAUCCGUCAAGUACUCGGCAGCUCCUACAUACGAUCCGGAUCAACCAUAUACCUCGCCCCGUACUCGUACCUCAAUGUUUUCUCGCAGUGGACCGGCCUCUUCUACAUCAGGCAAAAUUCUUGGAGGCGCGGUACCAUCGGAAUAUCUUGACGAUGUGGUGAGUUCAGGUGCAUCUGGCACCCGCGCCGAAGCUGCGCCACCUUAUUUAGUUUCUCCAUUCGUUGAUAAUGUUUCGCCAGAGGAGACCCACGACCCUUCACCUAUUGAGUAUCUGGACUUUUCUAGACCGCCCAUGGUCGGUAAUAUGGGGAGCUCAAAGAAACCGCAAGUAAGAUAUGAGGAGGUAGAACUCACUGAGCCACAUCCCAGAAUUACUGCACUUGAUCGAACAUUACCUCCUGUUCCUCAGGAAAAUCCAUUUGAAUCCAAUGUUUCACCUUCUUCUAUCCCCGAUACAGAUUAUGACUACCCUGAUGACCUGGAUGAUAAGUUCGAGAUGAAGGCUGCAGAGGCGCGUAAGUUGCGCAAGAUGAAUCGCAAUCGUCUCAAGCAGCUCCGCAGGAAGCCUCGAUUUCAUUGGAGUAGACUCCCUUACUUUACGAUGUUCGUGACAUUGGUUCAAGUCAUCGUUUUCAUCGUUGAACUUGCGAAGAUGUCACAUUUAACGGGGCUGGCAUUUCAGACGAAGCCCUACUUUAAUCCUAUGCUUGGACCUUCAACAUACUUGUUGAUUAACAUGGGCGCCAGAUAUAUACCUUGUAUGCACCCGGUUGAUCGAGUUACCAAUGACAUGACAUUGAAUUUCCCCUGCCCAAACUCGACGUCAAUCGAAACAAAUGUUUGCUCACUCCUGGAGAUAUGUGGACUUUCUGGUAUUAAGAUCGUUAAUGACAUUUAUGCACCGAACCAGUGGUAUCGUGUAUUCACCCCCAUGUUUUUGCAUGCCGGAUUCCUUCACAUCAUCUUCAAUUUGCUUCUACAAUUAACAAUGGGAGCUUCGCUUGAGAGGCACAUUGGUAUCCUCAAAUAUGCCAUUAUCUACAUUGCGUCGGGUAUUGCAGGAUUUCUAUUAGGAGCGAACUUUACCCCCAUUAAUAUCGCACUGACAGGUGCUUCAGGAGCGUUGUUCGGUAUCAUCGCCACAAAUAUCGUGCAGUUUAUAUACUGCGGACGCAAAAAUGCCAACAUGUAUGAAACAAAACACUAUUGGCUUUUCAUCGUUAUCAUGGUGAUUGAACUUGCGAUUUCGUUUGUGCUAGGUCUUCUCCCUGGCAUGGAUAACUUUUCGCAUUUGGGAGGUUUCGCCAUGGGGCUCGCUUUGUCAAUUGUGUUACUCAAAGAUCCAUCUUGGGUAUACAUCGAUGGCAUUAUCCUGUAUGACGCUGAUGUCAGCACCUGGCAACAAUUUAAGAACAACUGGAAUCCGCGGUAUAAACUUGAAGACAAGAAUCUGAAAAAGUGGAUGGCAUGGUGCGUUGUAAGGGUGAUUUUUCUUGUGUUGGCGAUAUUGUACUUCGCCAUGCUUUCCAAAACAUUCUUCACCGAUGAUCAAGAUCAGACGACCCUGGGUUGUACUUGGUGCAAGUACUUCAAUUGCCUCCCCGUGAAUGGAUGGUGCGACGUAGGGGAUGUUCAGUUCGAGGAUGUUAACAACGACGCCACUUCAAGUAUACCCGAUAAAUCGCAACCGUCGAUGAGCUCCACAGAUCUGUUAGCAACAGAGGCAACUACAUCUCCGCCUAUUGUGACAACUCUGUCUGGCACCAUCGCUUCGUCGUUGCCAACGGCUAUUGAAAAUGGGAACUUUGGACAAGUCAAUAACGGUGGUUUAGACGGUACUGGUAACAACAAGAGACACAACUUUGAUGCGUUUGAGAUAAGUCAACCCACCCUUACCGUUCAUGCGUUGAACACCGACACAAAAUUAACUCUGGUGCUGGCCACCACGCUACGUGUCGUUGAUGAUUCAACGACUUUCACGACUCACGCCAAUAUUGGCGUAACCUUUUAUUUAAUUACUGGACUCUUUUCAUAUGGUUUCUUGAAGCGGAAGAGAGUCAUUUGA